AUGAGCGGCAGCGACUACGAGGAGACGCUCGACGAGGAGGAGGAGGAGGACGAGCAGGAGGAGCACACCCUCGAGGACCAGCUCAUCGAGGCCGCGGGCGCGGGUAGGCUCAUCGAGGUCGACCGGCUCAUCGCCGAGGGCGUCGUGGACGUCGACGGCACCACGCGCGAAGAUCACUCGAGGGCGCUGCACCUCAGCGCGCAGAACGGGCGCCCGCUGGUGACCAACUCGCUGAUUCGCGCGGGCGCGGACGUGAAUGCCACGAACGACGGCGGCGACACCCCCCUCAUCCUCGCCUCCCUCAACGGCCACGGCAGCAUCGUCGACGCCCUCCUCAAGUCCGGCGCCAACGUGCACGCCACCGACCAGUUCGGCUCGUGCGCGCUCUUCUACGCGUCCAGACAAGGCCACUGCGGCCUCGUCGACGCCCUCCUCAAGGCGGGCGCGGACGUCAACGGCUCCCGCGUCACCGCCCUCCUCAUCGCGUCGCGGUUCGGCCACGCCUCGGCCGUCGUCAAGCUCCUUCAAGCCGGCGCGGACGUCACCGCCACCGACGACGACGGCAACACCGCGCUGCAUCGAUGCGCGUUGGAGACGACGCCCGCGGCGGUGUACGGGGGUCAGACGGGACAGGUCGUGGAGGCGCUCGUCGCCGCGUGCGCCGACAUCGAGGCGCUCAACAAGAACGGUCUCACCCCGCUGGAGCUCGCGCACAACGGCCUGGCGAACGGGACGUCCGAGUGGCAGAAGCUGCGGUGCAGGGAGACGGUUGAGGUGCUGGAGGUGGCGAAGGACAUGACGACGGGUCUGCGCCGAUGGCUCAUGGCCGCGGGACUCGCGGAGCAGUGGAAGGAGUUCGCGCGGUUGGGCGCCAAGGAGAAGGAGGACAUCGAGAUGAUCGAGAGGGACGACGUGCGAAGGGACAAGGGCUCGUCCUUGACGCCCAUACAGGUCAACAGGCUGUUUCGAGCCAUGGCGCAGUGCGCCGAGCGACCAGGCGAGCCGCUCGCGAUGGGGGACAAGUUCGAAUCGUUCCUCCACGCGCACAGACUGGACGAUUACUGCGCGCACUUUCGCGUCCUCGGCGUGGCGUUCGAGCGGGACCUCCUGGACAUCACCGACGCGCAGCUGACGCUCAUGGUGGAGAGGCACGGCCUUAAGAUCCUCGACAGGCGACGGUUCGACAAGGCGAUGGUUCUGCUUCGUCGGAAGCUCGCGGGGCCGCACCCGCCGGGUGAGGAGUCGGGCGCGGGGGAGGAGGAGAGGCACCCGAUCCGGGUCAAGAAGGAGCGAGGGGGGGCGGGCGAGCUCGGCGGCGGGUCGGAGUGAUGCGUGAUGACACAUAUGACACAUAGUGCGACUCAUCAUCAUCUUGACUGUGUACAAAGCGCGAGAGGCGAAAAACAAAACUGUUCCGCCCCAGCUUUUUUUUGGGUCGAAGGGCCUUUUCCUACGUGGCGGGAGAAGGGGGGUGGCGAGAGAGCGACCGUUUGAUUGAACUUGAGCCGGGCGAUUGGGGAAAAUUAGACUGGGCGUUGAGGGUUCGGAGAAAAAAAACUGCCGCC